AUGGUCGGAGUACCUGGGAAGUCGAAGGGAUGCAAAACGUGUCGCAAGCGCAAGAUAGCUUGUGAUUUACAACGACCAGUAUGUGCGAAUUGUAUUAAAUCAAAGAGAACGUGUCUGGGAUAUGAUAAAGAUGUUCGGUUCAUCCCUGUCCGGGCAAGUCUGACCGACGAAAAGCUUGUCGUCACGAGCUCAUUUAAGACACCGAGUCAAAAUACAAUUAAGUCUCAUGAAGAAACUCAAACUUCACAGAAGACGUCGAGUCUGACAGAUGGAAUAAGUGUCUCUAGUGGCUCCAGGCGUCACCGCUUUUCUCUCUUUCCGGCUUCCGAUCUUCUUUGUGGACUAGCAAACCGUCAACAGUUACUAAGCGUUUUCGUUGCCGCUUGUAUUCCAACAGGUGCAGGUGGUGUAAUAGACCCUUCCAAAGGUUGGGGUGGACCAUGGAUGCUACAACUACCCCAGCUUUUCAUGAAAACACCUGCUCUACAAACCGCAGUGUCAGCCAUCGCUGCUUCGAUUCUUGGUAGACAACAUGAUGACCGGGACUUUGUCAAUGAGAGUCUAAGGUUUUAUACCAGUGGGCUUCGGGAGCUUCAGAAAUCCCUUUGGGAUCCACACGUUAUGUUCAAUGACGAAAUACUUGCUGUAUGCUUGUGUCUUGAUUUGUACGAGGCUAUGGAGUGUCCUGGAGAUGGCCGGCAGGCAUACUAUAAUCACUGCAUGGCUUGUAUGAGGCUUGUUGAGGCUCGUGGUGCUGGCCGGCAUGUGUCGGGUGUAUCGCAUGAGCUAUUCCUAGGCCUUCGAGCUCAAGGGGCUCUGCUUAGUAUGGCUAAUCACGUCCCAAGCUUCCUGUCAAGCCCUCUGUGGAUGACUAUGCCGUGGAAGCUACGCCCAAAACGCGCUAUAGAUCGACUAGUAGACUGUCUGUGCGAAGCAUCAACAAUAUUCCAAGAAAACGAUCGUAUACAGCGUCUAGGGCCAGUUGAAAAGCUUGAAUCAUGGCUUGAAAGUCUUGCGAAGUGCUGGAAAAUGGAUUCCACGCUUCAAGAUGUCUACAAAGAAUAUGAAACGGACUUCCCACAACCCAUGUAUUGGUCAGUCUUAUCGAAAGAGACUAACUCAGCCGAUGAUUCCAUCCGUGGAAAAGUGUUUCCUGUUGCCUACCGAUUUCCCAACAUGACAGUGGCUCGGUCGCUUAUGUUGUACUGGGCCAUCUCACUCUUGAUAUGUAAUGGCCUGUCCCUUCUCUAUCAAGGAAUAGCCAGCCUAGAGUUUGACGCUGGAGAUUCGCAUUGCUCUAAUUUUCCGGAAUGUGAAUUAUUCUACGACAACAUGUGCCAUUGCAGAUAUCUACGGCUACAACCAUUGGGCUCAUACAAAUACGAUAUAUCCCAUUUUCCUUCGUUGGGACAUAGGGCAGACCCCAGAAUAUUGAUCAGCGACGUUUGUCAAUCGAUUGAAUACUGUUUUGACACAGAUAUAGCUGUAUGGGGAACAUGGUCGGCUGGAACACCUCUGACAUUGGUGUAUGAGACGGUCAAGUACCUCCCAGGAUUAGAAAGGGAGGUGCGAUGGAUGGAAGCAACGCUACGAAAACUUCAAGGGCGCGGGCUGCGGAUUCUCAACUACACCACAACUUUUAAUCAGCCCAGAGUUUAUUCUUGA